AUGACUGCGGACUCCCGUGACGCCGCCCCUCGCCAAAGCCGACAUACUGCUUUAGAAAUAUUUCGUGCGGGCCCGCUCGGAAGGCGCGAACGCAGCCCUACACACCGCAGAAAGGGCGGGACGGCAGAAACUUUUUCGUCCAAUGAUGCCGGCGGCUACGUGAAGUUGAUACUUUACGACUAUCUCCCUCAUUUACACGAGAAAAGUGUAUCCGUGAAAGAAACAGAAAACAUCGAGAUAAUACCAAUGUUUUUAAGUAGAAAAUUCCUUAGUGUAGGUGCCGUAAUGUGUUCACUUUAUCAGAUUUACGUUGAAAGCUCGCUGUUAGCUUUCGAGGGCGCCACGUCUCGUUAUUCGUUCUCGCUUAACGGUUUAGUUUUAAGAUAA